AUGAAAGCCUCUCUCAAGUUUCGCGAGGAACAGCAGAAGCCCCUCUUCAGGGCCAAGGUGCCCCUCAGCGUACUCGGCAUGCCCUUCCAAUCCGGCAUCGUCGCUGGCGAUCCAAAAGAACUCACUCUAAACCUUUCAACUUUCUUCGAAUCCGGUCCUUCACUUAAAGUCGCGUAUCGACCUAACGACUCCAAGAACCCUUUCUCGCUCAUAGUGAAAACGGGAACCGGACCCUUCGGUUCCCCUCUCAAGAGCUCCAUGCUCAUGAGCUGCGAGUUCAACCUCCCCGGCCGAACCGGUUCCCCGCUCUUCAUGCUCCACUUCAAACCCCGCUUCGGUGACUUCACUUUCAAGAAGACGCAGACUUCGAUCUUCGACGGAAAAGGGUUCUGCAACGCUCCAAACGACGUCGUCGAGAACGAAAGCGUUGAAGUCGAUACGCCGUCGUUUGUUGGCGCGAAGAUUCCUGUGCUGGCCACGAACUCCCGCGCCGCCGGCGCAGUCGCGGGGAUGUUCUCCGGUGUGGAGGUUUCCGCCCGAACAACACUCCCCGUACGGGGGCGCGCCGCCGUGAAGUUCCGCUGGGGCGUUAGGGUUCCGUCGGAGUUCAAGGGCGAUGGCGCGUUCCAGCGGAUUCCGUUUCUCGUGAUGGACAAGAUCGGUGUGGAGCACAUGAUGGAGUGUGGCGAGGCGAGGAAGGGUAGGGCGAGCGCCGGAGGUGGACCUGAGGCAGCAGCUCCGACGAGUGCUGACGUGGCGGAGGCUUGCUUCGCGGUGAAGCGGCAGAUGGAGGUUCUUCAGACGGAAAACGGGUUGCUGAGAAACGCCGUGGAGGAUCUCCGGCGAGAAAUUGUUGGUGUCCGAAGCGGAGGUUCAGAGUUUAGUAAGUGGAAAACCCCUAAAAGGAACGAGAAGAAAACGACAUCGGAUUAUGGCAGUUUUUCAGGGAAAUCGACGGAGGCUGAAGCGAGUGAGGAAUUGAAGAAGGCGUUGAUGGGAGGUGCCCCUUCUGGUGCUUGA